AUGAAGGGAAACACUAUUGCUAUGGUGCUGGGUGCGCUUGCCAUGGGCGCGAGGGCUCAGGAUGCUAUUGCGCCCGAGGUUCAAUCAUCCGUCCUCAUGGUUCUCGCUCAGGCGAUCCCAUCGGAUAGCGUAGCAUAUGCUCUCGCCUCGUCCUCUGCCUUUGCCGCCGAAAUGGCAUCGUCUCUCUCUGCUGGUAACACACCGGCCUGGUACCAAGCGCUCCCAACAGAUGUCCAGAGCCUUUUGCCUGAGAUCUAUCCCGCUGCAGUCGAGGCUACGCCAACACCAACACCCACACCUUCAUCCUCUAGCGUGUACGUGGCGAAGAGCAGCAGUGUUGAGAGCUCCAGCGUUGUCAAGGUUACUCCAUACCCAACUGGAAGCAACAGCACCUUGGUCAAGCCUACGAUGAGCGCUACUGGAGGUGCUAGCGUCAGUGUGACAUUGAGUCCCAGUGGCGCUGCUUCUUCCACCCCGGACAGCCCUCCACCUUUUACUGGUGCGGCUUCUAAGCUCUCCGUUGGGGCUGGCCUCGGUGCUGCGAUCGUUCUUGGUAUGCUCACUUUGUAG